CGUAUAGAUAGAACGCAUGGAUCGUCGGGUAUAUAAGCAAUCUGCCGAAAAGCAGAGGCAUCACUCAGUUACAGUUCAUCAGCAGCUGAUCUCUCAUACGAUUCAAAGGAAUCCAAUCAACUAUGAAGUGCUUUGUUGCUGUUCUUCUUUUGGCUCUGUUUGCCAUCGUUAUGGCGGUGGAACAGGUACCUGAGAUAAAGAAGGUUGCAUCCGUAGAGAAAGAAACGCAGGUCGAUGCCGCAAGAGACAAGAGAGGCCUCGUAUUAGGCGCAUAUGCACCACUCUCAUACGCAGCACCAUAUUCAUACAGCAGCUACAGUUUGCCGUACGCGUACUCCCCGUACCCCUAUUCCUACUACAGUUAUCCUUACUACAGUUCUCCCUAUUAUGUAGUUUGAGACGCGAUGAUGCAAGAUCAAGAGGACAGAUCAUGGAAAUCUUGGAAAAUUUUGCUCCAAUUAUGUAUAUUCGCUCAAUCUUUAAUUGUCCCUCAAAUUCUCGGUAACCAUGAACAUGUGAAUUUAAGUUCUUUGGCUACCAGCAAUCUUAUCAUUGUAUUCAUUCUAAUAAUAAAAU